AUGGCGUUUCGUCUACCACCACAAGUUCCCCGCCGCCGCCCCUCCUACUCUGCUCCUCAACCCUCGACCCUUGAGAUCCCACAGUCCCAAUCACUUUCCGAGCUCCGCGAGCAGGAACCAACAGAAUGGGUCCUCUUCUCCCCAUCCCAAGCCUCCACCACCGCCCAAACUCACACGACCUCCACUGAGCGCACUCCACGAACCGUAGCAGCCUCCCGUCUGAGUGACUUUGGCUCCCUCGAAACCAAUACAAGAUCUGGGCUCGAUCACGAGAGCGAAGCCGAUGGCACCCUCGAUGACGUGUUGGACGAGGACGGGACGGAACUAGACAGUCUCGAUGACGGGUUGCACGCAUUCCGCGCGCCAUCGCCUGCUCCCGAUUCCUCUUCGCGAUGGGACCAGGGACCUCUCGCUCAACUCCCGGCACAUGAUGGGCUAGGGAGCUUUCUUGCAUCCAGUCAAACUGUACAGAAUCAACUAUGGCAGCACGAACAGUAUAACCCUAACCGAAGACCGGAGCUCGCGCAUCGCCGGCGUUCAAGCGUUCAGCGGCAUCUAGAUGCAGUCGCUGAUGCAGAACAAACAGAUGCCGAUCGGGAACGAUGGCAGCGUAUUGAGCAGUGGAGGAUGGACCAGAGUCGUACUCUCUUGCAUGAGAUUGAGAAAGCAACGCGAAGACGUCGCAACAGUCGAUACAGCGGGUCAAAUCUUGAGAUCGUCUCGCAACCUCAGACUGUGGAUCAAACGCCUAGUGUCCACACGAUACCGCAAGAGCAACAAAACUCCCCGUCUGAUAAGCCAUCAGCAGAAGAUGAUGAAUCAUUGUGGCAGCGCAUUACCCGGAAGGUUAUCCGUGAUCUCAUGGGCAUCGACGAAUCAUUACUUUCCGUCUUGUUUGGCGAGACCCUCGCAGAGUCCGACGAACAACGCGCACCUGAGGAAACACCACAGCCGCUUGGAAUCGAGGAAAUUCUAAAUCAGGAAUUGGGUGAUUCUGUAACCGAUGACGGAGAUCGCUGGGAAUCGAGGCUACUUCAACGGAUUGCACGCGAACUGGGGGUUCUAGUUCAUCAGCUUUGCGAACACCCAGGGGCAUUCUCAACAUACAUUAACAUGGCCAACGAUAUCCCCAAUCAGUACGCCGGUAUUCCACUGGGCAGUUUGCCUGAAGAGAGCAAUCGCAUGUCCUCAUCGGCCGGCCCAACGGCCGCGGAGACUACAAGCAACGGUGACUCCAUGCUAUCACCGCACUUUGUGCCUACUCUUCAAGAUCCAAACCGAGAGCACGCCGCCCACUGGGGCAUCGAAGAUGAAGAUCUACCGAACCGUAGGCCAAGCGCUUCUGCGGAACCGCUGUCCGAAUCUGCCCGCCCCCAGAAUGAAAAGGAGUACUGGGAACGCGAGCUUGAUAUAAUGAUGGUAUUCCGUUAUCUGCGCAAUCGAUUCGGUCGCCGAUCGACCAACCCUGAUGCGCACCACGCCCGUAGAGCUUCCCAAGAUGCAUCCCGCCGCGCUGCCAUCAUCCGUCAACAUCAUCCACUUGUCGCGCGAGCACAUUCACGCUCACAGGCACAAAUGCGUCGCCAGUCGCAAUAUUCUGGCCCUACCGGCGUCACCUCGCCGGUGCUUCGGCAACACCUCCGCCGUCCCAGCUCGAGUUGCGCGAGUCAGAGCGCAAAGAUGUCUGCGAUAUCCAGCCGUCGAACCCUCACUGGCUCGAGCCGGAACUAUUGGGACAUUGGCGGAAGUGUGGAUAGCGGCAGUGCUAUCGCUCCCGCGCCUGCUGGGGUUGGAGCCUGGGGCGAUGUGUAG